CUCUAGUUUCUGGCGGUGAAAGCGGAAGUUGGGGGGACUGAGUCUUUCAUCUGCGGGGUUGCCGCGCGGCGUCCGGUGAGAAAUGGAGGUGGGCGCGGCGGGGGAAGAUGGUCGCGAUGGCCCCCGGCAGCGGCGAGACUGGGGCGAAGCUGGGACGCUGCCGCAGAACCACCAAGUGCGGCCUCAGUCCACGCCAGACACGCUUCCAAAGUACUCCUACUGGUUGGAUCUGUGGCUCUUCCUCCUCUUCGACCUGGUGUUGUUUCUCUUCGUGUACCUUUUACCCUGAAUGCUUUGCCUGAUAAUCAAAAUUAAGUUGGCUCCUGGAGUGGAUUCUGAAAAUGACUGCAAACUUCUUGAACAAAGAACAGAUGGGAUUUCAAACUGUACAACAGAAGAAUUUCAAACUCUGAGGAACCUUCCUUUCAUUUUACACAUUAUUAAUUUUGGGGACUAUAUUAAAUGGGUAAUGAUUACCCAUUCAUAACUAAGUGAUUACCCAUUUAUAGCUAAGUUCUUAAAACUAGGCUUUCUGAUUGUUUAAAAACUUUUUUUCAAAUAUGUGAUGGCUUUACAGGGCUGAAAAGAGUAUGUAAAAGUUUUGUGUAUUAAUCAUUAAGAAAUAUAGUAAUUUUUCAACAUUUUAAAGGUUUACCACGGUUUAGCAUAAUGCAAAUAGUAUAGUGAAAUAAAAAGGUGAAGUAUUAAAAAAGAUUACUCGAAAGGUAGGAUUUUGAGAGGAGUUAAAGCUAAACAGAAAAUGUAGACCCACAAUGUAUUGGCUCCAAGUACCAGUUUAAUUUUUAGAUUAAAUGGUUCUCUGUUAAUUGUUGCCACGUUGAUACAAUCAUAGGGAAAAUGCAUAAUACCAAAUGUGGGAAGGCUAGGGUACAGAUCCUUUUACCUUGAGGCUUUUCUCCUUUGAGCUUUUGAACUCCCUAAAAUCGGACUAUUGUGUUUCAAACCUACUUUUUAUUGUGGUUGCAUUAAGAAUGUUUGUGGCCAAAACACAUAUUUUAUAAUCUCACUUAAAUACUUAAGCAAAGUCAGCAUAUUUACUUUUUCCACAAUUGAGUACACAGUUGCCCUAAGUUAGAUUUUCUUAAUCAUUCCAGCAGUGAACAAAACAUAUCCUUUCCUUUAUUGAGCUUGUUUUUUUCCCUCAAUGUUAACAAGAAUUUACAUUCUAAGAGUGAUGAGCUAGUAUUUCAUCAGAAACGUCACACUCCUAGGGGACUCUCUUGUUCCCUCCUGGUGUGAGCCAGCUCUGUCCUCUCACUUUAUCUCUAAAUAAAAGCCUCUCACUCGCUCUCCUAAAAUAAAUAAAUAAAAAUAAAGGCCUAUUGUGUUGAGCCACUAAAUGUGGCAGUAAAAAAAAAGGUCUCACUCCUAAAGCAGCUACUAUACACGCCUCAGAAGCUAUUCCUAUUAUGUAACAUAUUCUCAUAGAGCAGAUGUUAGAAAGGCUCUUGUUGACAUUAGUAUUUGAUGUAUGUGAAUUGCCUAAAUAUUUUGGGAAUAUUCCCCCUUCCUUAGAAAUGCAUAGAUGUGGUAAAUUUUAUGUUCUUUACCUUUUAGAAUGGUACUUAGGGUUAGAGUGAGAUCUGGAUUGGUUUUGGAGCAUUUUAAUUACCUAAUGCUGACUAUAGAAAGUUAACAAUUCUAAAAGGAAAUUGGAGCUGUGAAGCUGUAACCUUUUUUGCAAUGUUCAACCUUUUAUGCAAAGGUUGAAGCAUCUGGGGAAACACAGAACUGGGAUUUCAUUGAGUAUACCAAACAGGUUUAAUGAACUGUUUGUGCUGCUUGCUAAUAAUUUUGUCCAAUAAAUGUACGUUGUGUACCCAAA